CCGGCGGCGGCAGAGAGCUCGUCAGUCGGUCGGGCUCAGGCGGCGCUGUAUGAAGAUCGAGCGAGCACGUUCAGGCGCGCGGGAUUUUGUAUGCCUUGUGCAACUGUGUCCUUGUUGCUGAAAGGUGUGGUGAGAACCUUCCGACCCUGUAGGGCGGCCGCCGGCUGUUCACCCUAGGACUGCACCCCCGCCCGCCAACGCCACCAUGGACACCCUCCUGCCGCUCGUCCUCUUCCUUGUCUGCGCAGCGCCGCACCAAGCUUCUGCCCAGUCGCGUCACUACCCAGGAAGAACCAAGUACGGCCGUCUGGUAGGCGAGUUCAAAGAGUACGCGCACGGCAUCCGUGGCAGCGUCUUCGUAGUAGACGAGACGACGCUGUUCAUCAAAGGCUUCGCCUACGACGGCACAGGUCCUGACGCCUUCUUUUGGGUCGGCAACCAAACGCGACCGUCGCCCGAGGGUGAAAUCGUCCCCUACCCCAAGGACUUCAAGGGACGGGAGCCGCCGAUUCUUCCUGCCAUAAGCAACGCUGACAUCAUCCUCAGACUGCCAUUUCCCAAAAGGAUAAGGGACAUCAAGUGGCUCGCGGUCUGGUGCCGCCGCUUCACGGUCAAUUUCGGCGAUGUCUUCAUUCCCCCAAACCUGGAAAUUCCCAAAACCAGGGUUCUCCCUGAAUUCAAAAGACUGGCUCACCAACUCCGCUCAGGCAACAUCAGUAUUUUGGACGCCAAAACCUUUUACAUCCCUAACCUGCACUACGACGGCGCCGGGCCCGACGCCUACUUCUGGGUCGGAAACGGCUCGGAGCCCAACGAGUUCGGCAUCAAAGUGCCCAACGAACGUGGAUCUUUGGAGCCGUUGCGAGGCUACCAGGGCGAGGACAUUGAGAUCCAGCUGCCAAACAACCUGACCGUCUACAACAUCGACUGGCUGUCCAUGUGGUGCGUGCAGUACAAGCACAAUUUCGGACACGUGAUGAUCCCCAAAGACCUGGACGUUCCGCCGGCGUUGGGACAGACCAAAAUAACUCCUCCCUGGUGGUACAAUCCUACGACCAGCACGACGCAGGACCCGCUGCAGAUGCCAAAGAUGACCAACUGCCGCGAGCUGCUGUCUAACCGGCUGCAGGUCGAAUGGGAAAUGCACGGCAAUGAGGUGCAGAUCCAACUGUCGGGCAGGAUCACCGAGUCGCAGUACAUGGCGUUUGGCAUCAGUGGCGAGAACGGCAGGUCGUCCAUGCUUGGCGCUGACGUGGUGGUCGCAUUCUACGAUAAAGAUCAGAAGGCGUUCAAGGCUGUUGAUUACUACUUAUCGAAAUAUGCGCAGUGUGACGGUCGCGAGGGAGUAUGUCCAGAUGAGAAGGUCGGCGGCAAAAACGAGGCGGUGGUCAUUUCCGGCGAGCAGAGGGACGGCAUCAUCACCGUCACCUACAAGCGGCCACUGCAGACCAGGGACGGCCCCUAUGACAAAAUAAUUCCGUUCGACUCGGAGGUGAACGUGAUCGCGGCCAUCGGUCCGCUCAACUCGCGCAAGGAGGCCAACGCGCACAACUCAGGUGACAGGACGUCUGGUGACAUCAGGAUCGACUUCAGCAGCAGAAAUGACCACGCGUGCAUCAGCAGCCUCUCAGAGAAGAAGGAGGUAUCAUCCAACCUGAAAGUAUGGAAGCAGCUCAGGAUCGUUGGCGAGAAGGAACUUUCCGCCAGAAUUGGACCCACUGGAGGCCAAAGGGGAUACACACAUCUAACAGAUCAUCCGUCUUGGGGCAUCGCUUGGUACAUCAACGACCUACUCAUCCCUGAAGUCUUCGUUGAGCGCGGCCAGUCGUACGUUUUCAAGGUAGAAGGAGGCUUUGAAGAGUCCAACCCUGCGAGGUACCACCCCUUCUACAUUACAGACAGCAGCGAAGGAGGAUUCGGCCAAAAAUCGGAGGAGCAGCAGAAGCAGCAGAGGGUGUUUGCCGGCGUUGGAUACGAUGCUGAAGGAAAUCCGUACCCGAACACAGCCGGAAGGUAUUGUGAGUGGAUCCACAAAACUGUCGACCAGUCAAGCAGCAAGGAAACUUUUGAGAGCUUUUUCGAAACCCUGAAGCUCGAGUGUGAUCCGGGGGAGCCAGCCAUCCUUAAUUGGACCGUUGCCAUGGACACACCAGACACGGUUUACUACCAGUGCUACACGCACAACAAUCUUGGCUGGAAGAUCCAAGUGAAGAACCCUGGCGAGUUGGCGGGCUUGAACAGCGCCAUGCCGUUGCACACGACAGUGGCCGCCGUGGCGGUGCACCUGUUGGUGCUAAUGCUCGGCAGGUGAGCGAGCGGCCACGGAAAUCAUACCUAAUAAGCGUUUGCGUGAUCUUUACCGAGCAUUCUACGAGGAACAAUAAUUUUAUCAAUGAUAAAAAGGCUAUAAUAAUGUGUACUUAAGUAAGUAAAAUGUCGAGACAGAAAAAGAGGCAAAUUGAUUUUGCGGAAACAAGUCAAAUAAUAUAUAUACAUAUGCGAUUGCCUAAUUUUAAGGUUUCUAUAAAUUGAAAUGUUGGAUAGAUUUGAAAGAAUAAGCCGUGAUUGCAAGUGGAAAACUGGAUAGCGAGUACAAAACGAUCGAGAGACUUGGAACGAAAUGUCGAAAUUAAAGUCGUAAGGACCUCAUUUUGCGUGUUUAGCAGAAAAUGCGGGAGGGAACUCGGUGUGCACAAAUUAGCUCAUGAUGAGACAAUAAUAUUUCCGCAACUUUUAAAAGCGCAUUGUGAAAAGCCCAGGCGAACCAAAAGUUCAGUUUUUGAGAAGAAAACAAAAUUCGCCUGGGAACGAAAAACUAUUGAAAGUAAAAAUUCUAGAUGUAAGUAAAGCUUUUCAAAGUGGACUCGCAAUGUGGGAUGACAAUAAUUUUCACCUGCAAAACUGCAUUUGUCUAUAUAUAUACAUUAACACUAUGAACGAAACGAUAGUUAUAUUAUUACACUGUUGCGUCUGACUAAGACAAUAAUUUUCAAGAAACAGCAGCUAUUUCCCCCGAAAUAAAUUUUUUCCGCAACUCAUGUAUACAAAUUAAAAAAAAAAGACGAACGAAACGAUGUCGAGAGCAAAGUCGAGAUGAAUUCUAGGGCCCCUAGGCUGAUAGUCAAUUUCCCAGCAAUUUUUAAUGAAAGUUCAAACGUGUAAAUAUUCCACUCAGAUUGUAAAUAAUAUCUCAUGUUGAAAUGAUAAAUGAAUCGUUUUUUGUCUGGUAUUUUUUUGUUAUAUAUUAGAAGGUUUACAUAAACGUUAUGUUUUAUUGUGUUUUGAUGUAAUUUGUAGUUUAUAUGUCAUAAUGUUAAUUAUUCAUAGCUGUACUGAUGUAUAUCAAAAUGUCAGAGUAGCGAAAAAGUUAAUCCAGCUUAGUGGGAGUUUCGAAAUUGUUCAUAUCACUGUGGUAGCUGGUCGCGAAAAGCGAAAUCUUUUCUUUUCAUCUUAGCAGUUUUGGCUGUUUAGAGAGGAAAAUUCAAAAUAUAUAGAAUUCUUUCAAAGGAAAACCACUCUAGCACCGCAACAUUCCUUUCUAACCUGCUGUACAAACGCUCUACACCAUCAGUUUCGUUUCUUGAUGCAGAGAUUUUAGGUGUCUCUAUUUCCUAAACUUAAAAUUAAAACCUGUAAUAACUCCAUAUCCUGCUGAGCAUAUCCGUUAUACUCUAUAAAGAACCGUUUUAUCAACCAAAAUUAAUUCAUGAGUCUCGACGAAUAACUAUUGGAUUAUUUGCGCUCUAUGUAAGGUGCCAAAAUGCACGAGAAUAUAAUUUUUUCGCAAAGAAUUGAACGGGAGUGCCUUUUUGAAAGGAAAGCUCUGGUCAAAUCGUGAAAUUGAAAUUCUUCAAAGAGACAAUAAUAGCAGGUAAUUAAUAAUGCAGUCCAGACAGAUAAGGAGCAGUUUCUCAUUUUUGUAAACAGAGAGUGACGAUAAUAAUUACAGAUGUCGAGAAAUAAAAUAGCUUUAGUUGCCUAAAAUAACUAUUUUACUAACUUGAUUGCAUUGCAGAAAAAAUUCCGCUUCUGAAAUCGUCUGCGAGAUUUCCAAUAUAUCUGUUUCGUCAUUUGUAAUUUUGUGUUUAACGUUUCUGUCUGCGAUGAAAUAAAUAUCCGCAUUUAAGUCUUGUUGCAACGUG